GCGUCUUCAACACACCACAGGUAGUCUGUGUGGACUUUGGAGGACUGUAGAUUGUUGUUCUCCCUCGUAAAGCAUCAAGCUUGUUGCAGGAACACUUGGAAAGCACACGGUUUAGCGAGUAAAGGCAUGGUCACUUCUUUAAGGUCCUGCUGAAGGUCCUUUUGUCACAGAGUCACACAUGAGCAGGUAUAGGAGGUCAGUGCCGAGGCUGCACAGGCACUGUGAUAGCUGCUAUAGCAAGCGAUGUAGAGCUCCCAUAGAGGUCUCUGUGUCGUGCAUGGUCAUCAACUGCCGCUUGCUCUGCGGCGCCACCUUUCACAUGUGCAAAGAAGAUGAACACAUGCUGCUAUGUCCUAAUGAGAAGGUGCCCUGCCUCAAUGCCAACUAUGGCUGUCCUUUCACCAUGUGCCGCUCCAAGGUAGCCAAGCACCUGGAAGUGUGUCCUGCUAGUGUGGUGUGCUGCUCAAUGGAGUGGAACCGCUGGCCCAUCGAGGAUGUAAAAUCACCUCUGUAUAUCAACCUUCUGAAGGACAUUCAGGAGCCCCAAGCUCUGGACCUCUCCAUGGCCCUCAGAGAUCAGAAGCAUCUCUGUUCCAGGUUGAAGAUGAGAAGUUUCUUUCCAGAGUUAAUGGAGGAGCCAGACGAACCUAUUCUAAAAGAGGAGGAGGGGGCGGUCGGAGGAGACAACUUUCCUAAUGGAGAGCAUGUCUCAAUGAAUGGAAUACAUGGGGAUGAAUUCUCAGUUAAUGGUCCUCAAAAGGCUGCAGUGGAAGAGCAUGUUAAGAAGGAUCUCCCGGACUUCAGUGUGAAUCAACAGAAAUACCUCCAAUAUGAGAAGAUGUUUAGCAUGGAAAGAGGGGGCUGCAAGCAGGCUGAGAAUGAGGGAUCAAAAACAGGAGACAAGAAAGACAAGAAGGAACCACCUAAAGGCUCUAGUAACCAAGCUGUGCAGCAAGAAACUUCUAAGGAACCAGAAAAAGUCAAAGACGGAAGAGAUGCUGUCCAGCCAGACAUCUCUAAAACUGGCCUUGCUCCUUGGCAGGAAGGUGUCUUGGAGAGACUUGGUCGAGAAGUAAAUCCGAGAGAAUACAACAUGUAUAUAGUUCACCAUGGACGCAUGCUGCUCUCCUUUGGCCAGAUAGAAGCUUGCACACCCAGAGAGAAAGAUUUUGUUUACGGCAGCCUGGAGCCAAUACCAGUUCAAACCUUACGUUCAUUUAGUGUUCCUAUUAGCUACAGGCACAAACGCAUCCAACUGAAGGACCCUUCAAGCCGAGUGCGUACCGAGCACAAGAGUGUGGACACAUCUGAUUUGGGUGUUCCUAAGGAGGACGCUCAGAAAAUGGAUGAGAUGUUUGCAACCUUGCUGUGCUCCGCUGAGGUGGAGAUCAGGGGACACAAGAUUAGUGAAACAGUGGCAACAGAUGGACUGUAUGUUGACAUAGCAACUCAGACAUAUAACUUUGUUGCAGCUCCAUUCAAGUACAAUGCCACUCUGGCUGAUAUUACAGCAGAAAGGGAUUUGAAGCUGCAUCUUCAGACUGAUACGGAGAGCGUCACGCUCAGACACAACAAAUCCACCUCUGCAUUUACGUUCCUCUGUGGACACUUCUUCAGACGGGAUGAAUUUGCCUCCCACUAUAAGAACGUCCACUCAGAUAUCCAGUCUUGUCUGAAUGGCUGGUUUGAGCAGAGGUGUCCUCUGGCUUAUCUGGGCUGCACCUUCGUCCAGAAACGCCUCCAACCCUCCAUGCAUAGAGCCACAGUCUCCUAUAACCAGGACCUCAGCAUUUUCACACUCAGGCCUGAAAUCCCUACAUCUCAUAUGGACGAUUCUCAUGAGGUCACCAUACAACAGAUGCAAGUCAAACAAGAUAAUUCUCUUAGUGAUCUUCCAUUUGAGAUCCUGCGUCAUAUUGCGGGCUACCUAGAUAGCUUCUCUCUCUCCCAGCUAGCGCUAGUCUCCAGACUUUUUCGUGAUGUCAGUGCCACACUCCUUCAGGAGAGAGGUAUGGUUGGCUUAAAAUGGCGCAAGAAGAUUUACUCUCAUGGCAGAGCCCGAUGGAAGUCAUCCAUAGUAUGGGAGUUCAGUAGUCUGUUCAGCAGAGUGGGCAGUUGGUGUAUUGGUGGUUCUCCUUCCAUGGCUGAACAUCUGAAGUGCUGUCCAUUUUACCAAACAGAGCCCAAACCAAAGCGCUUCGCCCUGCCCAGCAUGGGGAAACACAAAGAAGAUAUUAAAGAGCGGCAAAGUCUCGUCACACUGUUUACGGGACGGAGAUAACUUUGUUAGAAUUUUUUUAAAUGUUGUUUUUGUCUUCUGACUGCAUUUAUUAUAGCGUAUUUAACCCCUUAAGGGCCUGUAUGUGUUACCAUAUUUCAAUUCCUCACUCUUAUAACUUAAUAAUUUACCCAUUAGUUUCAUAGCAGUAACUGAAUAAUUCAUAGUUACUAAUUAAUAAGUCUUAAUAUUUAUGACUGCAUUACAAGCAUAUAUGAAUGAAUGUGCAUACAUAUUAGCAACAUGUUAGCAGAUAAUUACACAGAAAUCUAAAUAUAUCUAUCUAAUAUAUAUUUUCAGUAUUUCGUGUGUCCGCUGUUUUCUUUCAUUGCAACUCCAUUAAAAUCUUCGUGGAUAUUUUUCCAAACCGGCAAA